GGCCUCCCAUUUUCGCCUCCUAGUUUCUCAGAUCAUUCACAAAAGUUAAAACUGUGUUUGCAAACUCUUUCUUUCCAUCUUCAGAGUUCGUAGCUUCUUUCUUCUCUUACAACUCAUUCUUUGCUAUGGAAUUUGCGGUAGCUGCUGCUGGCUCUAUCCUUUCUGUUUGCUUUCAGGGGCUUCUCGACAGGUUGAACUCCAUUGACUUGAGGAAAUACGUAGGCCAAGGUCAAGUCUUGGCUCAACUCAUGAAGUGGGAAAAGAUUCUCAAAAGAAUUUAUGCGGUGCUUGAAGAUGCAGACGAGAAGCAGACGGCAAAUAGAUUGGUGGAGAUCUGGUUAUGCGAUCUCAGAGACCUGGCUUACGACCUGGAGGAUAUCAUUGAUGAACUUGCCACGGAGGUUCAGCAACGAAAGUUGGAAGAGGAACCUGUUCAUCCGAAGAAUAAGGUACACGAGUUUUUCUGUGUUAUGUGUGGUGGGGGAAAUCUAAAUCUAAAUACUAUUAAGUUCAAUGUUGAGAUGGUUGCCAAAAUAGUGGAAACUAGUGCUAGAUUAGAUGAGAUCAUAAAGCAGAAAGAUGAACUCCGUUUAGCAGAAUAUACUACGAGGAGGGUGAGCCAUGUGACAGAAAGACCACCCGCAACCUCUUUGGUUAAUGAAGCAAAGGUUUAUGGUAGGGAGGAAGAUAAGAAGGCGAUGUUGAAAUUGUUGAAUGCUGAGACAAGUGAUGCCCAGGUAUCUGUGAUCUCCAUAGUUGGGAUGGGAGGCCUUGGCAAGACAACUCUAGCUCAGCUAGUCUACAAUGAUCCCAUGUUGGAGUUUGAUUUAAAAGCCUGGGUGUCUGUUGGUGAAGAUUUUGAUGUUUCCAGGGUCACAAAAACAUUUCUUCUUCAACUGGGUGAUGGUGGUGAUGAUAAAGAUUUAAAUGUGCUUCAGGUAAAAUUGAAGCAAAAGUUGUCUGGAAAUAAGUUUUUAGUUGUCCUAGAUGAUGUGUGGACCCAGAACUAUGAGGAAUGGACUCUGUUUUGGGGUCCUUUUGAAGCAGGGACUCCUCAAAGCAGAGUUAUCGUCACGACUCGAAGUCAGGAUGUUUCAUUAAUGAUGGGUACGACUCAAGCAUAUGCUCUUAAGAAGCUGUCACACAAUGAAUGCAUGUCUGUGUUUGCCCAGCAUGCUUUGGGAGCAAAUAAUUUUGACGUGCACUUGGAGCUGAAACAAAUGGGUGAGGAGAUUGUCAAAAGAUGUGGAGGAUUACCUUUAGCAGCAAAAGCUCUUGGAGGCAUCUUAAAGGGUAAACCAAAUCCUGAUUUGUGGAAGGAAGUGUUGAGCAGUGAGAUGUGGGAAUUACCAGACAAUAGGAGCAAUAUCCUUCCAGCCUUGAAGUUGAGCUAUUUUCAUCUUCCACCUCAUUUAAAGCGAUGUUUCUCUUAUUGCGCAAUAUUACCAAAGGAUCGCGAGUUUGAUAGGAAUGAAUUGGUUUUGCUGUGGAUGGCUGAGGGUUUCUUGUAUGACCAGAAGAAAAUGAAAGAUAGUGAAGGUUUGGGUCAUAAAUAUUUUGAUGAUUUAUUAUCAAGAUCGUUUUUUCAACAAUCAAAUGAUAAUAAAUCAAAAUAUAUAAUGCAUGACCUAAUUGUUGAUUUAGCUUGCUUUGUUUGCAGAGAAAUAUGUUUGCAUAUGGUUGGUAAGUUGGAGAAUGCAAAAUCAUUUGCAAAGAUUAGACAUUCUUCAUUUAUUCCUCAUUUUAUGAACACUUUUCAAAGAUUUCAAAGCUUCUGUGAAAUGAAGAAUUUGCGCACAUUUUUAUCCGUGCGGGAGGAUCGGAUUAGAUGCCACAUUACUAGUAAGGUGGUGCAUGAGUUGGUGCCAAAAUUAAAAUGCUUAAGGUCACUAUCUCUAGCUGGUUAUGAGAUUGAGGAGUUGCCAAAUUCUUUUGGUGACUUAAAGCACUUACGCUACCUUAACCUAUCUGAUACUCCAAUCCAAGGAUUGCCUGAAUCAGUGGAUAAACUCUUCAACUUACAGACAUUAAAGUUGCGUGAUUGUGAUGAGCUUAUUGAUUUACCUAAAGGCAUAUGUAAUUUACUCAACUUGCAGCAUCUUGACAUUAUUGGCACAAGGAAUUUGAAAGAGAUGCCACCACAUAUUGGUAAUUUGACUAGUCUCUGCGUGUUGACCAAAUUUAUCGUGGGGAAAAGCAAUGGUCGGAUCACGGAGCUAAAGAAACUUUGUGAUCUUCGAGGGAAGCUUCAUAUUACAAGUUUAGAGAAUGUGGAAGUGGCAGAUAUUCGAGAUGCGGGUUUUGUCAAUUUGAAGGAUAAGCCUGGUAUCACUGAGUUGCACUUGGAAUGGGCUGAAGCGGAUGAACGUUUUGAUGAUUUGAGAAACCCAAGUCAUGAAGAACAAGUUCUCAACUCAAUUCAGCCAUAUCAAAGUCUGUCAAGCCUAUCAAUUACAUCAUUUGGUGGUAGGAAAUUCCCAUCAUGGCUGGGUGAGCCUUCAUUCUCUGGCAUGGUGCAGGUGCAGCUACGGAAGUGUCGCCAAAUGACAUCAUUGCCACCACUUGGACGAUUAAAGUCGUUAAAAAAGUUGAGCAUAGGAGAUAUGAGAGGAGUGAAAGAAGUGGGUGUUGAGUUUUAUGAGGAUGAUUCAUGUUUUUCUUGUUUGGAAGAACUAGAGAUUAGAAGUAUGGGUGAGUGGGAGCUGUGGGCUUGGUCUAAUGGUCUGGAUGAAGAUUCUGUGCCAAAAUUUCCUAAGCUGCAUCAACUCCAAAUACGAAAUUGUCCCAAGUUGGUUGGGAAAUUGCCCACCUUCCUUCCUUCACUGGAAAAACUUUUUAUCGUUGAUUGCCCGCUUUUGGUUGAAUUACCAAAAGUUCUCCCAUCACUUACAGCACUCUCUAUUAGAAGAUGUCAAGAGGCAAUUCUCAGGAGUGUGACUAAUGCCACCUGUCUUACUAGUCUAAAGUAUUUGGAAAUCGCGUUAUGUGAUGAGCUUGUGUCGUUGGUAGAUGGAGAGCCAGGGCUUUUGCCUUGCAAUCUUGAAGUUUUGAACAUAUAUGAGUGUCCAAAUCUGAAGGAGUUGCCAAGUGAACUGAAAGACCUCAAAUCUCUCAAAUAUUUGACUAUAAGGCGAUGUAGAAGUUUAGUCUCCUUCCCAACAGGGGGUUUGCCGCACAACAUGAUACGUCUUCGUAUUACGAGCUGUGAAUCAUUGGAGUCUAUGCCGGAAGGAAUUGUGUGUCCUAGUGAUUACAGUGGCGAGACGUCUCAGCUCGAGAAAUUGUAUAUCUCUGGAUGUGAAUCCCUGAGAUGCUCUUCAAAUGGAAAGUUUCCAUAUUCCCUUAAGACUCUUCGAAUUCACAAUUGGACGCCACAAUUUUUAAACUCGCUAUACUGUGGGCUUUCUCAUCUUACAGAAUUACACAUAGAGAAGUGUCCUCAAUUAGAGUCGUUUCCAGGGAAGGAAUUGCCUCUCCCUUCUCUUAUCUCUUUAACAAUAGCUCACUGUGAAGGAUUGAGGUCUCUAUCCAAUCAUAUGCAAGACUUUCAGAGUCUCCAACAGUUAGAAAUAGGGGGCUGUCAUCAAUUAGAGUUGUUCCCAGAGAUGGGAUUGCCCAACCCCAAGCUUGUGUCAUUUCAAAUUUCCUGGUGCAAAAAUUUGAGGUCUCUACCCAAUCAGAUGCAAAACCUCACUUCCCUUCAAUCUAUAGAUAUAUCAGUAUGUGAAGGUAUGGAGUCCUUAGGAGAAGGUUGUUUACCCCCUAACCUAACUUCCCUUCAUAUUCGAGAGUGCUUGAAUAUGAAACAGCCAAUGCUAGAGUGGGGACUCCACAGACUCGUCUCUCUUAGAAGUUUGGUUCUGAACGUGGAGUCAACUGGAGAUUUUAUUUCCUUUCCAGAUGACGACGGCUUUCUGCUUCCCACUUCUCUUACCCACCUAUGCAUUAUUGGAUUCAAGAAUCUAAAAUCCAUAUCCAUGCGUAUCCAAAAGCUCACCUCUCUUGAAAAAUUAUCAAUUUGGUGGUGCCCAAAACUGCAGUCCUUCCCAGCUGAGGGCCUUCCUGCUACACUUGAAUGCCUAGAAAUUCACAGCUGCCCUCUGCUGCGGGACCGUUGCUUAAAAGAUAAAGGUGGAGACUACUGGCCUAUCAUUUCUGAUAUCCCCUGUGUUGAUGUAUAAAAUUAAAGAUGACUUUGCAGCACUCCAACAAUCAGGAAAUUUCAGCUUCAUGGGAACAAAAAGGAAUCUAGGUGCUCCCUUUCAGGUACUGAAACUUAUUGAAUUAUGUCUGUCGCAGUGAAAUGGUAGAAACUAAGCUCAACAACUCUGCAGAUUUUGGUGGGAUGCACUGAUGAUGAUCAUGAAAGUUGGAAAAUGUUAAGAUUACUAAUCUGUCUUGGAUCAGGAAAUUUGAGACUCUAAACUCCUUGUGUAAUAGUCUAUCCUCAAGUUUUUUAACUUAAUAUUUUGGGUCUUAGGAUCGGAGUGCAAUGGAGAGAAUUGAUUUGGUUUAGUUUAGACCUAACUUGUUAAGUUUUUGCAUGGUAGAAUUUUGAGUUAAAAAAUAUAAAAAUUUAAGCCAAGUCAAUUAACCAAUUUUCUUUCAGUUUAAAAUAAAACUAAUUAUAACUGAUUUAGUUAAAAUUGAAUUAAUUUAAGUUUGUCAUUGUUUUUCUUUUGCUUUCCACCCCUUUAGGUUUGGUAGGUAAUGGUAUGGGGAGAAAUUGUUCACACUAUAGCAGGAGUUACAGUGAGGUUUCCUCGAGAACUGGUUGUGGUGUCUUCUAUUUUUUAUUUAUGUUUCUUUUUUGAUUUAUCUAGUAUCAUAUAUUUUAUGCCCAUACCGUCCUUGGUUGAUAUCGCUGAUGGUAAUAGUCGGUAUAUAUUGGUGCUGCAGUCUGGACAGACUCUUAAUCACUGCUCCAUCAAUUUUUUAAUGGUGGAAUUAUAAUAUUAUUUCAAACUAAUAAU